AAAUAUAAACCGAUCCUCUUCAUCGGCACCCCCAUCACCGAAAAAAAAGAGAAAAAGCUAUAAAACUCAUUUCUCUCUCUAAACCCUUCUUUUCCUAAAAAAAGUUGCGUCAUCUAUACAAAAUUCAUACGUCUCUUUUGCUUUCUCCUCCGAUCGGUCUCAUUUCUCAUCGCCGGAGAAAGCUUUGGUUUAGGGGCAAUGGUGGUUACUAAUUCUAUCAUACAUUUCUCGACCACGAACAUCUGGUAGUUGAGAAACUGGGGAAUACCUUAUCAGUGAUUUCAAGUUGUUUGGGAGAGUUGAGAGCUAGUACGACCAUAUAUUUCAGGAUCAGUGGCUACUGGCUGGCCUAUAUCCUUGAUGUAUUCUGAUUUGCAGAUCUUGUUGUGGACCUUCUUGGUUGAUUGGCUGAUGAAAGAGAAACUGAACUCAGAUAAGUGAUCCAAAUUAUUAGCAUGCUUAGUUCUACUCCUAAAUGUUCGAUGACCAAUUUUUAUAAUGGUAGUGGUUUUGUGAAGUUUUUUCGAUUCAGUUCUUCUGCCAGUUUCUAGUGGCGUAGAAUUAGUCUGAUCCGAUUACAUCAUCUUAAUGGGAGUGAGAAAAUAGUCACAAUUAGUCCUACAGGCACCACAUGUGUACCUGAAUGUGUUAGUCAUCUAAAGAUGCUUUGAGGUCUGGUGUAAGGUAUCUAUGAGUGGGGAACUUUACACUUCUUUAAAAUACUACAGUCAGGAGCCUAUCAAGGUAUGCUGGUGGAUUUUAAGACAAUUAGAGCGCAGACAUUGUAAAUGAGGUAGUAAGCCUUUACUGGCUAGUGCUUUUGUGGACUAAACGAGGUAGUAAGCAAUUCACCCAAGGAAGCUGUAGCGUAUUCAAUUAGUGGAUCCGAAGAGAAGGAACUAAACUUGGUGUUCUUACUGUAUUAGUAAAGUCAUGGGCCUCAUCGCGUCGGGGUUUGCUUGAAAUGUGUGGAGAUGAUGAAUCAGUUUCUCAGUCAAGCACGACAGCUGUGUAGUGUGUUCUUGGUUAGGAUUUCCAAACCUAUAUCCUUCUAAAAUUAUUUGCCUGCAGGUACAUUUUUGAGAGUUGUAGUUCAUAAAAUAUUGUAAGCUUAUGUCCUGCUACUGGAUACUCAUCUACUUUUCUUGGCUACUCAAACAUGGUUGUAAGUUUAGUGAAAGACAUGUACAUGGCCUUUAAUUAUACUUCAGAGCUUUCAAAUCUAUUCUUUGUGACACAGACCAUGACUUUAGCAGUUGAGUAUCUUUGUUUGAAGUUGGAAGUCAUUGUUGGUGAAUAUGAACGAAGAAGCAAUGCAUUGAUAGAAGCUCAAAUGAUGAUAUUAAUUGUUACCUAUUUUGCAUGAACUUACUUUGAUGCUUUUCUAUUCGGAUACAAUAGAUUCUUCCAUCCUCUUCUAUAUCUGCUACACUUCUACUUGGUUCCCGAUAGACUGUUUCUGUAAGACUUAUUGACUUUCUGAAAGUGUGUAACUUCAUGAAAUCCUAGUGUUCCUCGUAACAUUUGAUGGCACUGGUUUGCAGAGGUGAGACCUGAAGUGAUACUUUAAUGCAAAGGUUUAAUUGACCUUAAGGUUGAAUUGCUGUAUAAUCAUGGGGCACAGACAGUUUCAUGGUUCAUCCCAAUAUUUUGAUGAUGAACAUGAUCAAGGAUGGAAUCAUAUACACCCAGAGCAUCCAUAUACAACUCUAGCAAGAUCUGGGACCAGUGAGAACAGAUCCCAUGUUUAUCCAGCAGAGAACAUAUUGAAUGAAGGAAUGCCAGCGUCUUCUCAUUGGAACUCUUCUCCACGUCCAAAUGCCUAUACUGCCUCAGGUCAUAGUGUGGAGAGAUCACACUACAAUUCAGGGGCUUCGGGCCCAUCCCAUGACCCUUUCGUAAGUUCAACAGUUGCAACUUUCUCUGCUCCACAUGAGAAUUAUGUGACGUUUCCAGCUUCUUCGAACUGCAACAACCAGCCAUGGUCAAAUGUUAGUUAUGUUGAGCAAUCUAUGGAAAAUAUGAGAGGAGCACAAAAGCGGAAAAGCCCAUGUGGUUCUUCCAUCUAUGAAAUGGGCAGUUCAAGCCAAUAUCACUGUGACAGACCUUCAGACACCCCAUUUCCGUCGGAAUUGCACCUGGGAAAAUCAAUAAAGCAUGAUCAUGAUCCUCAUUACGCGCCAUGGCUCAUGAAUCCAGCUUACAAAAAUAAUAAUCUCUUGAUCAGGGGAGAGGGUUCUUCAAGGAAUGUCCGGAGUCGUCCUACACUUGAUUUAGACACCAGCAUUGAUAGAAAUAAUUUGUCAAGAUGUCCAAGCCUUGAUUCUCAUUAUGCAUACCACCACAGUGUUGAGAAUUCUGGCUCAGGUCAAUUUCCUGGCCAUACAUCUCAUAUAGAUAAGGAUUGGAACUGUGCUAGACCCUCCCCAGCUCCUAGAGAGACAAACAAUUUUCUUCCUGCGAGAAGUAUUGCCAACAGUACCUCUGUUGAUACUUCCAGCUAUCACCAUGGGCUUACCGAAAACAGAAACCCUACAGUUUCCCACGGUUUCUCAGGAGCUUCAUCACAAUCUACAAGCAGCAGCCGCUUCUCUCAUAGGUCAACACCCUCCUAUAGAUCUUCGACACAUGGGUCUCAAUUGGGACAUGUAGCAUCUUCUUCUGGAGACAGGUCUCAUUUGAUCACUGAGACUUAUCCAUCGAGGCAUCUUAGGCCACCACCACACAUUUCAUGGCGUAGUGGUGAUCGCCCAGGGAGACGCAGGAGUUCCUAUGAGAGGUUUCAGCCUCCUUUCGAUGAAGUUGCUCUUCAUGAACGGUUUUCAUCUGAGGGAUUCAUGGCCGUAGAUCGCCAGCCACACUACUAUGGAUCCAGGGAAACGCUUGAUCACCACAGGGACAUGAGGCUUGACAUCGAUGACAUGACCUAUGAGGAUCUUCUUGCUCUUGGAGAAAGGAUUGGGAGUGUCAACACUGGUUUGUCCGAUAGCGCUAUCUCCAGUUGCUUAUUAAAGACAACAUAUUAUCCAUUGUAUCAAACGGAGGAGCAAAGAAGAUGCGCUAUCUGUCUGGAGGAGUACAUGGAAAAAGAAGAGUUAGGGGAAGUGAAGGGGUGUGGUCAUGACUACCAUGGGAGCUGCAUCAAGAAAUGGCUGUCGAUGAAGAACUCUUGCCCUAUUUGCAAAUCUCCUGCUCUACCUGAUGCUUCGAAGAACCCAUCAUAAAUUAUCUCUAGAUUUAUAAAUACUCGAAUGCUUUUUAGGUGAUAUUUCUGUGUGAAUGUUUAUAUAUAUUGAUUUGUCUUUCUUUCAAAGGUUAAAAAAUAUGUUGAUAGGAUCGAAAUACAACAAUAAGUAAGUUGUAAAUAGAUGGAAUGAUUAUUUCUCAAUGGUUAUGACUUAUGAUAUAUGUAUUGGAAACGACUCUCUUUGGAAAAUUUGGAUUUUUAUUA